UAUAAACACGCGUCGCGGCCGCGAAAACUUUCAGUGUUCCGUAAGCCGCCGUUCCAGCGACCACCGCGUCUGCCCAUACGUAAACUCCCGUCAAACUAUCGUUUCAGUACGCAGACGAGUACUUGAUUGAUGAAGUUUGACCAGAGUUUUUUUUUCUUUUAAAAAUAUACACAAAAAAUUCGCGCACAAAGCAUUUACCGCCCUGUAACGCCUUAUCUUAAUUUUAUCUGAUAAAAGACUGAUAAAAGAUAUUCCAGUUCGAAUUUAUUAGUCUCACCUGAUCUGUAGUAAUGUCGGGUAUUAAGAUGCAUGUUUUAGUGAUUAUUUUGUGUUCUUUGAAGUACGUCUACACUGCCCCCAGUAAUAGCAACGCAUUGUUAUACCUUUCUCAAUAUGGAUAUUUGUCACCAUCGAGGGGGAAUUCUAGUCAACUUUUAGACGAAAGAAGUUAUAAGAAAGCCAUAGAAGAUUUCCAAGCAUUUGCUGGAUUAGAUGUUACGGGUGAAUUAGAUGAAAAAACGAAAACUACCAUGACGCUGCCCAGAUGCGGUGUUAAAGACAAAGUUGGAACCGGUGAUAAUAGAUCUAAGAGAUACGCACUACAAGGCAGUAGAUGGAAAGUGAAAAACCUAACCUACAAAAUCUCGAAAUAUCCAAGUAAGUUAAAACGCGCAGACGUAGACCAGGAAGUCCAGAGAGCUUUCGAUGUUUGGACUAAAUACACCGAUCUAUCCUUUACUCAAAAAAGCGGACAGGUCCACAUAGAAAUACGAUUCGAGUACGGCGAACACGGUGACGGAGAUCCUUUCGAUGGUCCUGGUGGAACCUUGGCGCAUGCCUACUUCCCUGUUUUCGGAGGUGAUGCCCACUUUGACGCUUCAGAAGCCUGGUCGAUAAAAAGCUAUAGAGGCACGAAUCUUUUCCAAGUAGCAGCUCACGAAUUCGGUCAUUCUCUAGGUCUCAGUCACUCAGACGUCAGAGAGGCGCUCAUGGCUCCUUUCUACAGAGGCUACGAUCCAAUAUUCAAUCUAGACACCGACGAUAUCGAAGGAAUCCAAGCUCUAUACGGCAAGAAGACAACUCCACAAGCUGAUAACGAUGAUGAUCAAUAUGGAGAUUUUGAUGAAAGUCACAAAGUUGGUAGCAAAACUCCACCGGCAAGUGGUGGGAGAACCGACCAAAGUUUGUGUCUAGAUUCUUCGUUCGAUACCAUCUUCAAUUCUGCAGAAGGUUAUACUUACGUGUUCAAAGGGGAUAAGUAUUGGAGAUUGACAGACGACAGUGUUGCUCCAGGAUAUCCUAAACUUAUUUCUGACAGUUGGAUUGGAUUGCCGGGAAAUAUAGACGCUGCUUUCACUUAUAAAAAUGGAAAGACGUAUUUCUUCAAAGGAUCUAAAUAUUGGAGGUAUAAGGGUAAAAAAGCCGACGGAGUCUAUCCGAAAGACAUUUCAGAAGGUUUUACGGGAGUGCCAGACGAUUUAGACACGGCAAUGGUUUGGAGUGGAAACGGCAAGCUCUAUUUCUUCAAAGGUAGUAAAUUCUGGCGAUUCGAUCCAUCUCAAAGGCCCCCAGUCAAGAGUACCUACCCCAAACCGAUUUCAAACUGGGACGGAGUUCCAGACAAUCUCAACGCUGCCUUCCAGUGGACCAAUGGAUAUACAUAUUUUUAUAAAGAUAAUGCUUACUAUAGGUUUAACGACAGAGCUUUCGCAGUUGACGUAACAAGCCCGGCGUUCCCAAGAUCAACGGCGUACUGGUGGUUCGGGUGCAAAGACGCACCGGCGGGUACCAUCGGAUCUAGUGAGUUGCGAGGAACCUUAGUUGGUGAAGAGAGCUCAAAUUCGCAAUUUGCCGAUGCGGCUAACGAUACUGAUACAGGUGUACACCACGACAUGCCCGAUUUAACACCUCAGGAAUUUUCUGGCGGCAACGGCAACAGUUCCGCAAGUCGACUAGCAGCGACAUCUGUAGUUCUGACGAUACUAGUGGCAUCAACGAGGGCGUUGUUAACUAGUGUUUUAUAGAAUCGACGAAGCGAAUUUUUCGUUUUAUAAACGAAAACCGCUUUGACUGACUUUUGAAAAAAUUGUGAUUUACUUUUUUUUUUUAGUUUUUUAAGUUUAUAAGUUUUAAUAUUACCUCGUUAAUCAAUUCGUGAAGCCAAAUAAUAAUGAUAGGUUUGUGAAUUGUUUUCCAUGCCAGAACUUUUCCAAUUUAAGAAUUUUUCGUGGAAUGGAUUCAAUGCAUUUUAGCUACAACUCGGUGUCUUUUUAAAGUGAAAUUAUCAUUAGUAAUCCCAGUGAUCAUUGUUGGGUAAAAAGGGUGACUGACAGCCUUUAUGCACCUACCCAAUAAAAUAUUUAUAACAAAGUCUUAAUCUAUGUACUCCAUUCUCACAGUUUUUGCCGUUUUUAAUAAAAAAUCAUUCAUUUUUAUUCGUUUUUUUUUCUUGAAAACUGUUGAGAUUUGUGAUCGUAUUAGAUAAGACUUUUUUGUUAUGUUUAUUGUCAGCUGUAACUCACUAAAAUUUGUUCAAAGACUGUUCAAUUUAUUUUCCGGAAGUCAAAUAAAAAUUCCUAUACUUUUAAAUCAAUAAGUAACAUUUGAAACUUCCAUUAAAACAAAUAGUUGAUAUACACAAUGUUGUGUAUUCAAUAAUUGACAGUUUAAAAUAAUCGAGCAAUAACACAGGCUCCUGUGCCGCUAAAACUACAUGAUAUGACUGUUGACUUAUGUCAUCAGUCAUUGAAUGUAUACAACUUAGACUAUCUACUAACUAGACCUACAAUCAAGAGGUUUUGUUUCUAUAUUUCUAAACAUAAAGGCAAUGAUAAUUAUAUUAUUUUUAAACACAUUGUUUACUUUCUACGCCGUAGCUAUGAUGCAUAAACCAUUUUUUUAAAAUCUGGUCUAAAAAGUAUUAAAAUCAUAAAUGUAGACACUAUUUUUAUUUUAGGAAAAUUGAUUUUCUUCUAAAAAUAAAUUAUUUUAUGUUCAAAUGUUCAUUGUCAAACAUACAUAUUAUAAUAAUAAAAAAAGUGAAAUUAAUAUCUGGGCUAUCAUCUUA